CAAAAUAGUUAAAUUUAAUUUAAUGUAAAAUCUAGAAUGUUUAAGCAAUACAGUCUUGGUAAACACCUACUUUGCUAGCCACUUUAUGGUAAAACGUUUUGUCCUAAUUCGUCAUUUUUCCGAAAGAAAUCAGAGAGAGAGAGUGAGGGACGGACAGAGAGCUAAAAAGACAGAUUACUGUCGGCUGUUGUCAGCUGUUCCACAUUGUUGCUUUUGUUGUUGUUAGAUACGUUGUACAGAGAGCGUGGGAUAUUUGCCUGAUAGAAACAAUCCACCAACUAUACACACACAACUCAGCAGGUCGUUAUUGAAUGACAGGUGGCCUGUUGCCACAUAAUGCCAUGUUAAUGAUCGAAUGAAGAGCGGAAGGUUUGCCGGCCUCUUAUGACUCACAAUUUCCACAGAUGUAGGCAUUCACAAACGUCGCUCAAUCUUUAAAUCUCCACGACACACCUUGACAAAGAACCAAAUGAUUGUUAAUGUGCACUGGGAGAUACCCAAAUCGGCCAAGAAGUAGGCCUACCUUGCAGAGAUUCUGCUUUUUCUGUGUGCAAAUAAUUACCAAGCAAAUAUCCAAACAAAAGCUACCAAGGCCUUGAAAUAUCAUUAUUUUCUGUUGGUAUUAUUCUAUAUUUAUCCCCUUCUCUUGAUGUAUUGGUUUAUGUCUCCUACUAUUUGCCUACAUGUUCACGUAAAUGAAUGCUCAUGCACUCAAACAUACACAUCAAUGAUAUAAACACCCUGGCACAUACACAAACAAAAACACCCCCCACACAAACACGCACACACAGCACAAAAACUAGAUGUCUACCAAGUCCCCUCCCCUGGUCGCGGGGAAGCCUUCGGGGGUGCGGGUCAUGAUCACUCGCGGAGAACAGCCUCCUGCAGACAGCCUUCCGAUGGGCUCCAUGGCCUACAGCCAGGUGGAUAGCGGAACGUUGGAGCCCCAGUCAUCUUCUGUGAAUCCACAAAGAGAGGUGGAAAUGUUGAACCACUGCUUUGACGACCUGGAGCGCUUCAUGGGCCGCCUGCAGCAGACGGCAGACGCCCAGGGCAUCCUCAACCAGCGGAGGAAGAGUAAGAAACGCAGCAGGAAGAGCAAGAAGGAAGACAAAGACGAAAAUGUGCUGACCAUGAAAGCUUGCCCGCCAAUCGAGGAGGAAUUUGUGGGCAUCUUCCAGAAAAUCAAGUAUUCAUUCAGUCUUCUGGACCGUCUCAAGCCUUUCAUCACAGAACCCAACUCCCCAGGACUGCUGCAUCACGUCUUCGUUCCCCUGGAUCUGUUGGUCAAAACCACCGGAGGGCCAGAGCUGGGGGCCUCUGUGGUCAGUCCUGCCCUGACCAGUGGAGCCGUGUCACUGCUACAGAAACACCUGACCCAGGAGGAGAAAGAUCUCUGGAAUACACUAGGACCAAACUGGACUUCACCAUGUUCCCAGCUCGGGGUGUCUGUCCCUCCCUACACCCCUGUGUUCCUGGAUGGGUGGGAACCAGGUCACCCAGACAGUCAGCCUUGGGACGACCCGGUUGAGGUGCAACACAGAGAGGAUUCCAGUGUGACGAGGGCCGUGGAGGAACCUUCUUUGCAAACGUCAGAAAGGCCUUCUUCUGGUCCACAGCAAAGCGAUGAGUUAGAUGGCAGCACACUACCACCAGAGGGCGAAAGAAUGUUCAACUGCAGUUACGACUUUGUGGCACGAAACAGUAGUGAGCUCUCGGUGCUCCAAGGAGAGACCUUAGAGGUCGUUGAGUCCUCUAAGAGGUGGUGGAAGUGUCGCAACCGCUUCGACCAGAUAGGAUUUGUUCCCUUCAACAUCCUGGAGCCCAUGUCGGCCCUCAGUGACCAUCCAGAGAACAACCAAGUGGCAAGGAGUUUAUCAAAGAAGGUGCCUCUCAGUCCUCCGACCAACAAGUACUUGUCGUACGCCCCGCCCAGUCUGUCCUCCAACAGCCCCAGCCCCCGUCCCCGGAGCGCGCUCGAACCCCCCAACGCGAUGCCGGGGGACGACGCCGGAAGAGGUUUCAUGAUGAACAACGAGCUCCUCCAGAGGCUCACCACUGGCCGGGCUGGCUCUGUGCACCCGCUGGUGAUCCCCCGCACCACCGACACCUCCGCCCCCCUGGACUACCACUCCUCCACGCAGGAGGUGGAGCAGUGGCUCUCCGCCAAGGGGUUCAGCCCCGAGACAGUGCAGUGUCUUGGCGUGCUGUCGGGUGCUCAGCUCUUCUCACUGAACAAGGAGGAGCUGCGGACCGUCUCGCCCCAGGAGGGCUCCAGGGUGUACAGCCAGAUCAUGGUGCAGAAGGCCUUGCUAGAGGACGUGCGUAAAGCCACAGAGCUGGAGGCGGUGAUGCAAAAGCAGAAACUCAAGGCCGACCUGCAGGAAGGAAGUGAAAUAUUAUAACGCUUAACGUGAACGGAGCAAAGUGCUUAAGGAUAAUGAAGCAGCUUCACCACUAAACACCAGGUAUCUUUGCUGUACUUUAGAGAGCCAGCAUGCCUCCCGACUGCACAGAUGGAGAGUUGGAGGAUGAUGGUUUGCUCAAAAACCAACCAAUUGUGGUCUAAUCUGUCCAACACAGUUACUGAAAAUUAAAGAUUUUUCUUAUUUCCAUACAAAACCAAACCCAUAGAAGUCAUUUAAAUGAAGGAAUGACAUUGUUUGUUUUUAAAUCACACAUUAAUAUAAUCACUGUUGACACAGACACAGAUUGCACAGGGAAUUUGGCCAAGCAAGGUGCGCAACUGUAUCUUAUUUAUGCGUUAAAUCGUAUUUAUGAUUCCAGCAAAUCAAUGUUGACUUGUUGAGUAAUUAAACUAUUUUGCAUCUUGAGAAGCAUAUGAACUAACUAUUUUGUCAUGUACAUCAUAAAUUCCUGAGACAUUACAUUUGCUAAUCUAGAUAAUCAUGAUAAUGAAAUUCUGCACAUGGGGGGGAAACAUUGCACUUUUAAUCAAGUGAAAAUGUAGAAGAGCGCAAUAGUGAUCAGAAGUAAAUGAAGUAACUUCUGAUACAAUCCCAACAGCUCUCAUGUAAACACUUUAUCAAUAAAUGUUUGUCAGAUGA